CAUUUUAGUGCCCAUAUUUCGUUGUAUCUUAUUUCAAAAUUCAAAUAACCAACCAACAAUUUAGAAAUAAAUGCCUUGACAAGCCACUCUAGGAUGUGAAGUAUGAAGCGUUAGAAAUUAGCAUUGUCUCCCUUGGCGUCCUUCCUGUCAAACUCCUUACAGCAAUUGCCUACGUUACCGGAGGUGAAGGAGAUGUCACGCACUGAAAUAGAGCUUGUCCUUCUCUACAAAUGGCGUUCAUAAACAUGUCUGCCAAAAUGUGUUUUUCAACUUCGAGACAUUCCUUGUUUUAAUCAAUAUUUUGGAAUGCCCCUGAGCCCUUUCUCCUGCCGUGUUUAUGGAGGUGUCGUAUGGAUAAUAGUUUUGCUGUCAUAUGGCCUUUGUCAGGACUUGGAAAAACUUGAUGAUGGUGAAAGUCUUCUACAUGCUUGGAAUGUGCCAGGAUCAAAUAUGCCAAAAGAAAAGGAACCUAUUCAACAAAAGAAUACCCCCCAAACUAAGGAACACAAGCAGAACAAUGGAAAUCAAACAAGCCCAGGGGAUGAAAAACACACUGGAAUUCUUUCUGAUCUAGAGACGUAUGUGAAAAACCACGUGGCAUUGAUCUUAAUAGGUGGUGGUGUUGCUUUGAUCUUCCUCUUCCUGAUGCUUCAUCUCACCCUAAUAUAUAUCCAUUGCAAAUCCAGAGGCAAUGACGCAAGACGCAAACCAGCCAAACCCAAGCGGAUGAAGAAGAGUCGACAUUCCGAUGAAGAUGACGACCUGGAGAUGUCAUCCCUCAGUCUGCUACUGUCUGCUGCAAGUCGCGCCUAUCAAGACAGUCAAAGAAGAAAACACUACAGAGAAAAUACAAGAAGUAGGGAAACUACAAGUGAGUCAUCUUCGGAUGACUCUACACAAAAACAUCAGGGAAGACGAAAGAAGAAAAAAACAUCUGAUAAGCUCAGGAGUCGUUCUAUAUCAACAUCCAGAAGCCCGAAGAAAAAGCGUACAAAACCUGUUGCAAAGGUGGUACCAUCAUCCAGAACGCGACUCUUGUCAUCUUCAGUUCAUUCUGGUACCAGUGCCUCCGAACAGGUAAACCGAGCUGCCCCUGACAAACCUCCCUUGGGACCACCACCAACUAUAUCGGCACCAACACCACCGGCAGUUGCAGCCCCACCCCCGCCAUCUGCAGCAAUUGCCCCACCCCCAUCCCCGCCAUCUUCAUCCAUGGUCCCAACCCCUCCCCACCUGCGGCCAUGGCCCCACCUCCUCCACCUGCGGCCAUGGCUCCACCCUCUCCCCCAACCUGCGGCCAUUGCCCCACCCUCACCUGCAGUCAUGGCUCCACCCCCACCCGCGGCCAUGGCUCCAUCCCUUCCCCACCUGCAGCCAUCGCCCCACCUCCACCCCCAACUGCGUCCAUGGCUCCACCCCCUCCCCACCUGCAGCCAUGGCCCCACCUCCACCUCCUACUGCGUCCAUGGCUCCACCCUCCCCCACCUGCGACCAUGGCCCCACCACCACCUACAGCCAUGGUUCCACCCCCUCCCCCACCUGCAGCCAUGA